CUUAGUGUUGAAUAAGUUUUACUGAGUGAUUUCCAGGUCUGCACAAUGUGCGAGAUUGCAGCUUCCUUCGAAAAAUCUGAUGUGCGAACGUUCUCGAUCCAGCUCUUCUGCCACAUAUCCAUUUCUUCCAAAGCCUUUCUGGUUCUAAUGCACUUUGCUUUACGGUAGCAGAACUCCGUUCGAUUGGAAUGAGAUUCGAGUAGUGCUUGUCUGUCAGCUUCAACAUUAAUGAGAUCAAGGUCAUUGCACAAGUCCGGGGAUCGAGUAGCCUGUCGUUUCAGAAUGCCUUUUUUUCUGCCGUGAGCGGAACCAGUAUUUUGUUCAGAUGAAGAACCCAGAGAGACUUUCUCAGAAAGUUGUCUUGAAGGAAAGCCAACCUCGGGCUGGGGCAGGUUUUGAUGAUCGGUGAACCAGCCGGUCUCUUCUGCUAUCGUGCUACUUGUGUCAGUAACGUUCAUAUUUCCUCUGUCACUACGUUCGAAUGAUGACGAGAAGUCCGACGGGUAGGGGGUUGACAAAUUAAACGAGCUGGUAUCAUAUGUAGAAAAAUCUGAGUUAUUAGUGUUUUGCGAGGAAGAAAGUGGCUAA